AUGUUUACAUUUGAAAAGAAAGAAGAAACAUACUUAACAAAAGCUAUAUAUGCGUAUGGCAUAAAUAAAAACAUAUAUAAUCCUUUUUAUUUUUUAGAUGAAAAUUCUAUUUUUUAUUGUAUUGGAACAAAUGGAGUAGUACAUUCGCUUUUAGAAAAAAAGCAAAAGUUUUUAUUAAGUGAUGAAAAAAGUUAUGGUAUUAUAUGUCUAGGUUUAAGUAAUGAUAAAAAAUUGCUAGCGUUAGGAGAAAAAUCAAUAAAAAAGCCAUUUAUUUCAAUUUUCACGAGUAAUUUUAAGCUUAUUAAAAGAUUAACUUUAGAGAUUUCUGAUAAUGAAAGUAAAAUUAUGAAUAUAUUAUUUUCUUCAAAAAAUAAAUAUAUUUAUUGCAUAACUAAUGGAAGUACAAAAAGUUUAUUUUUAUGUUAUGACUGGAUACAAGAGAAAUUAAUAUUUAGUAAAAUAUUUCCUCCAACUCUCUUUAAUGAAAAUUGUGAAAUUUAUAUUAAUUCUCAAAAUUCUUCUUAUAUUGCCUUAGUAUCAAUAAAUAGUAUAAAAAAUAAUAAUAUUACUACUAAAAAAAAUAAAUUAGAUGAUGAUAAAGAUGAGAAGGACAUUGAUAGUGCAAAUAUAAAUAAUUGUGUAAAUAAUGAGAAUAAAAUUAACAUUAGUAAAAAUAACAUGAAGGAUAACUAUAAUAGUAAUAUAUACAAGUAUAAAAAUUUGCAAAGAGAUGUUUUUCUUUAUCUUAGUAUUGAUAAAAACUUGGAAGAAAUAAAAAUAAAAAAUAAGAAACUCGAAAAAAUUGAUAACAAUUUUACAAAUUGCUGUUGGUUAAAUGAUGGAGUUUUAUUAUUAAUUAAUAAAAAUAAUUAUUUAAUAUUUUAUGAUAUUAAAAAAGAAAAAUUAAAAAUAUUUAACAAACAUAUAAGUAAUGAUGAAAUAUUAAAAAUAGUAUGUCUUACAAGAGGAUUUUUUUUAUUUGAUUGUGAAUUUAUAUACUACUAUGAAAAAUCAAACGAUUUAAGUGUAAAUCUAAAUUAUUUAUUAAAAUAUUAUGUUAGUUUUAAUUAUAAUACCUUAUUUAAUAAUUAUUGUUUGCUUUCCCAUUGUGAAAAUUUUUUGUAUUUUUUAGCCCAAGAUGGUAACUUAAAGAAAUUAGACUUAACUAAAAAUAAAAUAUAUUGUGAAAAUUCUAAAAACAUAAAUUAUGAUUAUUUAAGAAAUUCUAAUAAAGAAGUUGAAAUAAAUAAAUCUACAAAGGGAUCAAUUGCUAUUGACAUGAAUAAAGAGUUAAAUAAAUCUAUAAAUGAAAUAGAUGAAAAUUGUAAAUUAGCUAAUUAUAUAAAUGAUGAUGAUCAAAAUAAUAGCAUAAAUAAUACUUUUGAUGAUAAUAUAAAACAUGAUAAUAAAAACAUCGAAACAUUAUUAUAUAACAUAAGUUCAGGAAAAAUAAAUGAUUUUGAUGUUUGUUUAAAACAUCCAUUAAUUAUAAUUUGUUAUGAUGAUAAUAACAUAAAAAUUAUUAAUUAUAAAAAAAAAGAAAUAGUUAUGACAAAUUCAUUUAAUAAUGAGCCACUACAUGCAUCAAUUCAUUGUUCUGGUCACUUACUUUUAGUUGCAUUUACAGAUAAACUAAGAUUAUUUCAUAUUUUAUAUAAUAAAUUAAAAAUAAAAAAAGAGUUUUUUUUAAAAAAUUGCUCAUGUUGUAAAUUUUCAAAUGGAGGCAAUUUUAUGGCUGUCUCAAAAAUUUCAACAAUAUAUAUAUACAAAACUUAUACAUAUGAUCUUUUAUUUAUUUUAAAAUCUCAUGUAAAUUAUAUUACUGAUAUAAUAUGGAGUUCAAAUGACUUUUCUAUUUUUUCAAUUGGAAAAGAUGGAUAUUUAUUUGAAUAUUCACUUUACAAUAAUGGCAGUAAAAUUAUUGAAGUUAUGCAAAAAGAAAAAAAAUUUUUAAGCAUAGAUUUAGAAAUAUUAAAUGAUAAGAAUAAAAAAAAAGAAAACAAUGAACAAAAUAAUAUAGAUUUAAUAAAAUAUGAUAACGAUUAUAAAAGCUUCAGUAAUUUAAAUACUAAUGAAAUAAAAAAUAUUUAUGUAUCUUGUGAUGAUAAGACCAUUAAGCAGUAUUGCAAUUCAAAAAUUGAAUGUGUUUUAGAAUGUGAUUAUGUCAUUAAUAAAAUAUUACUCUAUAAAAAUAAAUUUUUAAUUGCUUCUUUUCAUAAUGGAUUUUUUUGCAGAAUCAGAUUUUAUGCAUUACCUUUAUGUGGUUUAUUUUUAGAAAUUCCUUGUCACAUUUUAAACUGUGUUAAUUUAAAACUAGAUUUAAACAGAGAAUUAUUAUUUAGUUGUUCUAAAGAUGGUUCUAUUUAUAUUUUUUCUAUAGAGAAAAUUGAUAACUUAUUUUUAUCUCAGAAUAACUUGAAUACUUUAAAUAAUUUAACUUGCAAAAAAGAAGAUAAGAGAAUAGAAAAUGAUAGAGAAGAAUUAGAACAAGACAGUAUAAGUAAAAAUAAAACAUUGGCACAUAUUAAUAACACUUUUAAUAAUAACGAUACAACAAACAUAUAUAAUGAACACGUGAAAUUAAAAAAAGAUGUGUUAAAUAACGAAGAUAAAAAUAAAUUUAAUGAUUGCACAGAAUUAGAAAAAGGAUUUUACCUUUCCGAUUUAAAUAAUGAAACUACUAAUAUUCUAAAUGAAAACAUAAAAUUAAAAAAUAAUUUUUUAUUAUAUGAUUUGAAUAAUAAAACAAAUUACAUAUUAAAUGAAGAUGAAAAAGAAAAUGAUGAAAUCUUAAUUGACUUUUUUUAUGUACAAAAGAAAAACAAAGAAGUUUUAGAAUUACAAAAGAAAAUUACCAAUUUAAAAAAUCAAAUGGAAUUAGAAAUGAAAAACAAGGAGUCUAUUUACAAAAAUGAAAUGAAAAAACUAAAAAAAGAAAAAAAUAUAGAGAUAAAUAAUUUAAUUAAAAUCAAUAAAAAUUUGAUAAAAGAAAAAGAAAAAAUUGAAAAUGCUUGUAAAGAAUCUUUAUAUGAACUAGAAGAAAAGCAUACUUAUUUUGUAAAUCAAUUAAAUUCACAAUUUUAUUUAACUAAUAAAAUAAAUGAAGAUAAGUAUUUGAAGUUAGAAGAGGAAUUUAAUAUAUAUAAAAAAAAUUCGACGACAGAAAUUUUAGAUUUAAAAAAAGAACACCAAAUGAAAAUAAAUGAGAUAACAAAAGAAAAAAAGGAAGAAAUACAAAAGAAAGAAGAUUAUAUGCAAAAUUUUAUAUUAAGAUAUGAAAAUUUACAAAAAGAAAAAGACGAAUAUAUAAAGCGCAUAGAAGAAGAUGUUGAUGAAGAAAUUUUAAUUAUAACAAAAAAAUAUGAAGAUGAGAUAAAAAAACUAAAAGAAGAUAAAUAUAAUCUAUUAGGAAAAUUUAAACUAUAUGAAUAUAUAGAGAAUGAGCUUAAGGAAAAUAUUCAAGAAGAAAAAGAAAAAUUUAUAAAAAAUAAUAUUACAGCUAAGAGAUUACAAGAGAAUAUAGAUAAUUUAAAAGUUGAUAUAAGUAAUCUUAAAGACAAUAUUUUAUCUAAAGAAAAAGAAAUAGACUCUAAAAAUAAGGAAAUAACAAAUUUAAAUAAGAAAAAUGAAGAAUUAGAAAAACUUAAAAUUGUUUUAACUCAAAAAAUUAAAGAUUUAGAAUCUAAUUUAUCUCCAAAAGACUCAGAAAUUAAAAUUAUGAGAGAAAAAAUUGAUGAGAUGGCAAAAUGCUUUGAAAAUAAUCACAAAAAGACUGUCAAUUUGCAAAUUGAAAUUAAUGAAUAUAAAAUGAAAAUAAAGUCAUUACAUGAUGAUUUAUUAAAUUACAAUAAAACAAUUGGAAAUUACGAUAAAAUUCUUAAAAAUUUACAAGAACAUAUUAAAGAAUGUUAUUUGCAUCUACAUGAUAAAAAAAUAUUUAACUCCUCAUUUUUAAAUUUAUACAACAAAUUUCAUAAAGUUAAUGACGUGAAGAAUUAUGAUACCAAAAAUGUUUUUUCUGAGUAUAUUAGACAAAAAGAAUACUUAGAAAAUAUGAUUGAAGUAUUAAAGGAAAAGUUAGAAAAGGAAACUGAAGCUUUUAGAAAAGAAAAAAUAAAAAUGAUGAAUGAAAAUUCAUUAUUGUUAAAAGAAAUAAAUGAUUUAAAAAUGGAUUUGAAUUUUUUAAAGUCAGAAUGUCAAGAAGCAAAAUUAAAAAGUAGGAAAAUAAAAUUUUUAAAAAAAAGCAAUAAAAAAAAGGAAAAUAAUGAAAAUACAACAAAAUAA